AAACAUUCGGUUUUGAAGCUAGAGGCCCCGGAAAAUCCUAAAAUUCCCCCUGAACGGUGUCCAGAAAUCCUGGAGAUCCCCUUUAGAACGGAAAAGUCGUAACUAUCACCCUGUGACAAGUGAUUUACCGGUGCUGCCACUCACCCUGGCACAGGUGUCCCCACCUAAAGCUCCUCAUUACCCCCAGAAUAGUUGUUUUCGAUCAAAACUGCAGUUGUGGGGAGGAUCCCAGCGGUGUCGAGUGUAUUGUGUCAGCUCCUCACCCAGUACAAGUUACCGAAGGCCUUCGCAAUGUACACCUGCGAGGAAUUUCAUCGCCACUAGGUCAUAGGUGUGUAUACCGGUCCUUACAGCCUCAUCGUAUCAGUAAAAAAACAUUAUUUAAAAAUUGUCACUCAUGACAAAAAUCAAAACGCUGUAACAAGUGCUCCAGUGUGACAUUGGUUUUGGAUUUUUUUACUCAUCCGUUGAGAUUAUUUUGCAUCACAUCUCGUGCAUGAGACUGUCCUGCAUCCUCUCGUUUAUCUCUCAUCCACGCAGUCGAGAGAACAUUUCCCCCUUCACGUCCUGAUUCCAACGUCAUGUGGAUGGAACAUUAUUUCAUCGAGUUGUAAAUUAAGGAUUGAGAAAAUAAGAUGGAGUGGAUGAAAAAUUGAGGAAUUUCACUCCGCCGAUAUUGAGUAAUGCGUGAUUGCAGUUCAAUCAUUUCCAAUUUCGCGUCUGACAGUUGAAAAUUGCCGAAAAAACCUCCAAACGAUGACAGGGGACAGUAGCAGCCCCUGAGGUCACGUGCAAUCCUACGAGAAAAGUUAGCAGAUCUCCGCGAAAGUCUCCCCCGCAGAAAUCUCCAGCGAAAUAGGAAUAUAAAAACCCAGACAAUAGUGUCAGGUGAUGAGCCGAGUAUUACCCCUUGUGAAAUAUCAAGAAAGAAAAAAAUGUUUCGCUCAAAGAUCCGUAUUCACACGUGCCAAGUGAUACUGCUGACUUCUCUGGUAUGGUUUCUGGUGGAUGUCAUAGUGAUAAUGCUGUACUCUGACUGCAUACGGGGUACAGGAUGGGGUUGUCCUGACAGCAAACAAAUAACCGAAGAGAUUGGAAAUGCACCUCAUUUACAAUCACCAAAGAAUGAUAUUGAUAUGUCAAAGGACACGAAACACAAGCUGAUGAAGUUUAAACUGUGGCGGCCGGCUAAGGUCGUGAAGGAGAACAAGGGAAAGCCCGGGGAAAUGGGCAAUCCUGUGAGAAUUGGACCGGAGGAUGAGGCGAAGCAGCAAGAGCUCUUCAAACUUAAUCAAUUCAACUUGAUGGCUAGUGACAUGAUAGCGUUGAAUCGCUCGUUGAAGGAUGUCAGGUUCAAAGGCUGUAAGGCCAAGACCUAUCAGAAGACACUACCAGAUACUAGUAUUGUCAUUGUGUUUCACAAUGAAGCGUGGAGCACUUUGCUGAGAACAGUUUGGUCGGUGAUCAAUAGGUCGCCCAGUGCAUUGCUCAAGGAGAUCAUCCUCGUCGAUGACGCCAGCGAAAGAGAUCACCUCAAGCAAGACCUGGAGGACUACGUAAAAACAUUACCGGUUCCAACGUACGUCUACCGCCAGGAGAAACGAUCGGGGCUGAUAAGAGCUAGACUCUUGGGGGCUGAAAAAGUAACAGGUCAAGUGAUAACAUUCCUCGAUGCUCAUUGCGAAUGCACAGAGGGUUGGCUCGAGCCACUUCUAAGCAGAAUAGCCAGCGAUAGAAAAACAGUCGUCUGUCCCAUAAUCGAUGUGAUCAGCGACGAGACAUUCGAGUACAUAACAGCGAGUGAUAUGACCUGGGGUGGAUUCAACUGGAAACUCAAUUUUAGAUGGUAUCGAGUAGCGCAGAGGGAAAUGGACAGGCGUAAUGGGGACAGGACAGCUCCAUUAAGGACACCCACAAUGGCCGGUGGAUUAUUCUCCAUUGAUAAAGACUACUUUUACGAACUUGGGGCUUAUGACGAGGGUAUGGACAUCUGGGGUGGUGAAAAUCUCGAAAUGAGCUUCAGGGUGUGGCAGUGCGGUGGAACAUUAGAAAUAGCCCCAUGCUCCCAUGUGGGCCAUGUAUUCCGUGACAAAUCACCGUACACGUUCCCUGGUGGUGUCAGCAAGAUUGUACUUCACAAUGCUGCUAGAGUAGCCGAGGUCUGGAUGGAUGAGUGGAGAGACUUUUACUAUGCCAUGAACCCAGGUGCCAGGAGUGUGCCAGUGGGCAAUGUAUCCGAGAGAGUGCAACUCCGAGAGAGAUUGAACUGCAAAAGCUUCAGAUGGUAUCUUGAGAACAUUUAUCCUGAGUCUCCAAUGCCCUUGGAUUAUUAUUACCUGGGGGAUGUUAAAAAUGUGGAGAUGAGAAAUUGUCUGGAUACUAUGGGGAGGAGAACUGGGGAGGCUGUCGGCUUGAGUUACUGUCAUGGACUUGGUGGUAAUCAGGUGUUUGCAUACACGAAGAGGCAGCAGAUAAUGUCCGACGACAUGUGCCUCGACGCAGCGAGUCCUCAGGGUCCAGUUAAAAUAGUCCGGUGUCACGGAAUGGGGGGAAAUCAGGCAUGGGUAUAUAACGAAGACACAAACAUGUUCAGACACACAAACACUGGACACUGUCUAUCGAUACCACCCCCAGGGGGUGCAGCCCAGCCAGUUUUAUCCCCGUGUGAUGUCCGCAAUUCCGGACAACAAUGGAUAAUGAAGAGUAAAUUCAAGUGGCAGGCAAGCUAAUACACACCGAAAAAUGAAUUAAUCAGCAGGCAAUACUUGUUAAUGUAUUUAUCAAAUUCUAAUUUCAAAAAUGACUCUCAGAGAGUUCUGGACGAGUGGUUGUGAAUCAACAUGAAUUAUCAAAUUGAUGGAUAUCAGUUAAUGAUCAUCAAUUGGCGAAUAAAUGAAUGAGAAUGUGAAUGGAAUAAAAUGGAACAAUUAACAAAAACUGGAGUGACGCAGUUUGCAAGUUAAUGUUUCAAUCUGAAAAUCGUCUGAGAUUUUUUAUUAUUAAGAAGAGUGUCUAGACAGAGCAGAAUGGAGCAUUUACUGCCAUUUUUUAUGGUAUGCCUUGAUACUAAUUGCACCUGGGAGGAGAUGAACAAAUCGAAUAAAUACUUUUGUGAGUCUUGAGAUAUGAAAAUCGAUUUGCAAGGCAUAAUUAGAGUGAUUGGGGCAAUCAUGAGAGAGUCUAAGCAUAUCAAACCAAUGUUGAAUAAAUAAUUGUUGAUAUAGAGAAUAAUUUACUUCGAGAAAUAUUUUUUUCUCCCAAUUUUAAUUACUUUGUUCUUUAUCACAUACACUGUUAGAAAUUCCUUUGAAAUUGUAGUUCACCAUUUUCAACCCGAAAUUUCAGGAGCAAUUUUCUAACAGUAUAAAAUGAGUGCAAUUCGGUUUGAUAUAAGUAUGAAAGUGUCUUGACAUUGAGACAUUGUUUGAAUGUAGGUCGCAAUGAUGAAUUACUUAGAAUAACGUAGAAUUUAUUUGGAAAUGUACGGGGAAAGAGUCCUUUCAAGUUCCUCCAUCACGUUCUUACGAAGAUUGAAACAUAAUUAAAAAUUAUACUGACGAGAAUAUCGAUCGUCAAGACUGUACUUAUCAUUCAGAUCUGUCUUAGGGUUUUACUUACUUAGUUACCAGGUCUGUAGUUGAAGGAAAUGAGGUGAGAAAUUGCAUUCUAGGGCGAUAUGGAAAGCCAUUCAUCUCAAGACCGAGUGAUUUUACGAUGAAAAGACUUAAAACUUUUUUCAUGGGAAAAUAUCCAAGGACUUUUCGUCGUAAAGCCAUUCACACUGCGGAGAAUUGAAUAGUUGAGAUAAGCUUUAUUCGUCUGAAAGUUGAAAAAUACUUAUCAACUCAUUUUAAUUAAUUACUGAAUCGAUAAAAUUCUCUGACGCUCUUCCCACUUGUUCAAUUGCUCAGUGAUGAUUAUUGAAGAAGGUAUUAGUUAUCCUUGCGACAUUACCAUGAGAUUUCUUUUUUUUAUUCUUCUAAUUAGCUAACAAUGAAUAUUUGGACAAUACUAUUUGCACUCGAGCCCCAACUGUUGAGGCUUCGAACAUUUUAAUAAAGUUUCAAGAGAAGAGAUGAAUGAAAAUCAUACAUUAAUGAGGUGGAAGUUCCAUUUACCUGCAGCUUGGAUUGUAUUUAAUGAAUUUCCUUUAAGAAUUGCAGUAUUUAUUUUUGUACAGAUUCCAGAAUCUCUUCUGUAUGGUUGUUAGUAGAGAAAAAUCACCGAACAAAUAAUUGUAAUUUGAUUCUCCCCCUUUUAAAUGUACUCAAGAGGUGAUUCAAGUGUUGUGACAGAACCAAUCGUUCUAAUUUCUUCGUUCUUCCAUUGAUUAGUUAAAUUUUUUUGUAAUUAAAUUGGUCAGAUUAUCAUCUUUUUCUGUAUAUUUUUGUGUACGAAUUUUCUUGUUCAUGUGAUGAAGGACUGGAUAAUGUGUCUCGACAGUAUUUUAUCCUAAUUCUCUGUUAGAUUUAAUUUUUACAAUAAUAUUUAGGAUAUGUUGAAGAAAUAUCUUGCUCCAUUCCAUCAGCACAUAGAUGAACUUUUUAAUGAACAGAGAAACUUUCCAUCUUGCUUGUAGCUCUAUAAAUAUCGAUAAAUACACAAAUUUGUUACAAAA